AACAACUGGAUAAUGUAGACCAUAUUCUCCUAUACAUUGCUACUGGUAUCUUACAUAGCCAUUUUUUCAAUGGGGGAACAAGUUUUUGAAUCAACAAUCAAGGUCACAAUAAGUGAUGAUAACGACAACAUUCACUCUACUAAAGAUGUUGCCAAGAAAUCAACAUAUUCUUAUUCCCUAUUGACUAAACUUCAUGCAGGAUAUUUUAGAAUUAGUCUUUCUCUUGGUGGUCAAGCUUUAUUAUGGAAAGUUUUAACUCAACAUUUUGAUAAAUCACAAACACUUCAACACAAAUUUCACUCACUCCCUUCAACUACUUUUCUCUUACUAUGGUGGAUUUCACUUUGUACCCUUUUGAUCCUCUCUUUUCUCUACAUCUUAAGGUGCAUUUUUCACUUCAAAUUAGUGAAAUCAGAGUUCUUGCAUCCUAUUGGUGUUAAUUACCUCUUUGCACCAUGGAUUUCUUGGCUUUUAUUGUUCCAAUCAGUGCCAUUCACGAUCCCAAAUCUUCAUUCUUGCCAAGUUCUAUGGUGGAUUUUUGUUGUCCCUGUGGUGAUUCUUGAUGUGAAAAUUUAUGGACAAUGGUUCACUACUGAAAAGAGGUUCUUGUCAAUGGUUGCAAAUCCAACAAGCCAACUUUCUGUUUUGGGAAAUUUGGUUGGUGCUUCGAUAGCUAGCAAAAUGAAGUGGAAGGAGAGUGCAAUUUGCAUAUUUACACUUGGAUUAGCACACUAUUUAAUUGUGUUUAUAACCCUUUAUCAACGAUUAUCGGGUAGUAAUCAUCUUCCUGUCAUGCUUAGGCCUACAUUUUUCUUGUUUGUGGCUGCACCUAGCAUGGCUAGCUUAGCAUGGGCUUCUAUUUCUGGUGAUUUUGACAUGCCAUGCAGGAUGUUCUUUUUUCUUUCACUAUUUCUCUUCACCUCUUUGGUUUGUAGGCCAACAUUAUUCAAGAAAUCAAUGAGGAAGUUCAAUGUUGCAUGGUGGGCUUACUCAUUUCCCCUCACAUUCCUAGCUUUAGCCUCUUUACAAUAUGCACAUCAAGUGGAAGGCCAUGUUACUUCUGGCCUAAUGUUGCUUCUCUCUGCCCUUUCUGUUGUUGUUUUUGUUGUCUUGACAGUGACUACUGCCCUCAAUCUCGACAUGCUCUUGUGUGAUCAUGAUAGAUAUUUAAACUUCACCAAAAGCACUUAAAUAUAUAGUAGGUAGUACUCUAUAUUUUAAGAAGUUGCGGGAACAGUCUGUCUCUCUCCCAAGAUAAUGGAUGAAAUUUGCAUACACACUGUCCUCAGAUUUCACUUGUUUAAUUAUACUCAGUACUUUUUUUCA